CAGAGGGAAAUCAGCAGCAGGCACGGGCAGCACUAAGAUUUUAGCUCGGUUUGUUCGGGUUUAGCUCUUCUCUUCGUAAAGUGUUUGUAUACACGGAGUGCUUUUUUUCAACUGCGCGUGCAUACCAUGACCGAACAAUCAGCACUGCUUCUUCGAAAACAACUGGCAGAGCUCAAUAAGAACCCCGUGGAGGGCUUUUCAGCUGGUCUGAUAGAUGAUGACGACAUAUAUAAAUGGGAAGUUGUGAUCAUUGGUCCACAAGAUACCCUUUUUGAAGGAGGGUUUUUCAAAGCAUACCUAACCUUUCCCUAUGAUUAUCCACUACGGCCGCCGAAGAUGAGGUUCAUAACUGAAAUCUGGCACCCAAAUGUUGCAAAGAACGGCGAUGUUUGCAUCUCAAUUCUGCAUGAGCCAGGAGAAGAUAAGUUUGGUUAUGAAAAGCCCGAGGAACGCUGGCUUCCGAUCCACACAGUAGAGACAAUCAUGAUUAGUGUUAUCUCCAUGCUUGCAGACCCCAACAGCGACUCACCAGCUAAUGUGGAUGCUGCGAAAGAGUGGAGGGAGGACCCUAAUGGAGAAUUUAAGAGGAAGGUGGCUCGCUGUGUAAGAAAAAGUCAAGAGAUGGCAUACGAUUAGGAGUCAGCUGUAAAUUCCAGGUUAAAGGAAAUGCCUUCAGAGGGAAAGAUUCAGCAAAAGGCUUUUGCACCCCUUGUUUUGCCAGUCAAAGGAGUUGGUUGGCUUCAACCACGUUUUUGUGAACGGUUGUCAUUUUCCGCCAGACGAACCAAUUUGAGAAACCUACCAGCAAAAUUAUCCUGUUUCUUACCUGGAAUUGUAUAUUUAAUUUAAUUUAUUUUGAGAAAAAAUAAUGAUGUAAAAUAUGUCACUACUGUAAAUUAACUUCCUUUUUUUAUCUGCUGCUGAACAGUUUCUACUUUAUACCAGGUUUCUUAUGCAAUUUAGUGGUCAAGAUUGUGUAAAACAAAAUGAAAGCCUGUUGUCAUUAGGUCAUCACUUGUCCUCCCUGCUUCAUACUGAGAUAGAUUAACGACAGCCCAACGUCAGCUCUGUCCGUAGAUGCGAUUAUUUUGUCAUUGAAUCACCGUUGCCUUUCGUCGGCUUCACAGUUCGCCCCGUCUCGUUCAGAGGGACAGGUUGAGAACUUUUUAUGGUAUUCACAUUUUCUGAGAAAAAGCCUUCUGUUAGCAUUUUCUUCAAGUGUCAGUACAUGUAAGAGUUUCAAAACCAUGACUCUCAACCUGCAUGAUCCCCUCAAACAGCUCUGUUAUGUAUCGUUUUAAGCUAUGGAUGCAAAUGGAACGGCUUACGCAGCACCUUGAGAGUUAUUGUUUUAUUAUUGUUAGACUCACACAAGCAUAGCUAAUGGUAACAGGAGGUUGGUGCCAACUUCUCAGGAUCAAACUUUAGUGGGAUCUCGAUUAGCAAUCAGUAAGAUAAACUUAAUGCUCCGCCGUCAACAGAGAAGUCUGAUAAUGAUCACUUAGUUGAAGUUGUUGAAAAUCACGGACAAGCAAAUCCAGACUGUGAAAAUAGCCUAAGCUGUGAUUAUUUUGCAUGUGGACUGAUUAACUGGCAUCUGCGCUUACCUCAAUUUAAACGGAUAGCAUAUUUGACCAGGUUUAUGGUUGAGUUCUUAAUCUGUUGGGGAAUACGGGGGAUUUUAAAGGCUCCUUAGUAGAGUUAGGCUAGUUAUUCUUACCUUGUUUUGUCGUGGCACAUUUGGCUUCCAAUUAGUGCUUCAUAUUCACUCGCGGGCUUAGACUCUUCAGGACUUUGGCUAGUUUGUGGGAUAGUGCUCUUCUGUGAACAUCUUGAGUUCUGAUCGGUACAUACUUCAUUAGAAUUUAUCACCUUCACUCGAUUACUAAAUCUGGGUUGUGAUCCUUCACAGAGACUUAACUCGCCGCUUAUUAAAGCGUAAGCAAGUGGGGGCUGAAGGCGAUCCCCCAUUUAGGCUUUAUUUUAAAAAAAACACUAAAAGGUUGUGUUUGGGUGGAGUCUGGAAACCAUUGGCUUUUGUUCACCUCAUUGAUGAUGUUGUUGCUGAAUAUUAAGCCAUGAUGACGUGAACUCUGUAUAACGUAUUGAUCUGUGACUGACACUGAAACAUAGCUAUAACCAUCUUUUGGCGCAUGCAAUCAGGUUUGAGGGAGUUGGGGUGAGUUUCAGUAGGAUACCAUUGGUAGUGCAUUCUGGGUGAAUGUGAUGUGUACAGUUGGUAGAUUUCUGUAGACUUGAUUAUCACAUAACUGCUGUUGACAUUACCUUUUAAAGUCAGAAUUUUCUAACCUACCAUGACCUCCUCUGACCGGUGUUCACUGUAUUUGCACAGAUUCGGUGCGUUUGAAAUGUCAUUAAGCAAUACGCUCUGAAAAUGGUGUGUCCAGGUAAUCCACCCUAACGCCAUUCUUUUUGUUUUUGUUGAUUUUUUUUGUUUGUUUUUCGUUUUUUUUUUCUUUCCCAUUUUGUGUCAAUGCAAUGUAUAUUGGACAUGAUGCUCAAUAAAGUGUGUAAACAGA